AUGCCGAGUUUCGAUUUAACUAAACAACUUCCCCAAACGGAAGACGAGAUCGAUUUUACUGAUAUUGAAGAAAAAUAUCAAGUCCCUAUUGAAGAAGGUUUUGAUACAAUCAUUGUUGUAGAUAAUGUGCCCAUAGUUGAUGACAGUAAAAAAGAGAAAUUGUUGAAAUUAAUAAGAAGAAUUUUCAGAAAUGCUGGCGAGAUUAAGGAAGGAGGCAUUGACAUGCCGAUGGAAGUUAACCCAGAAACUGGAGUUUUGACUUCGAAAGGGUAUAUUUUUAUAGAGUUUGAGACAUCAGAACAGGCGAAUAUGGCAAUAAAACAGUACGACAGAUAUCCAAUGGACAAGACUCAUUAUCUUGCAGUUAACAGAUUCACAGAAAUUGAUAAAUAUUCACAAAUUGAGGAAGAAUAUAAAGAACCUGAAGAGGAGAAAUUCGUGGAAAAGGAACACCUGAGAAGUUGGCUUACUGAUUCUCAGGCGCGCGAUCAGUUUGUUCUUUAUCGCGGCGAAGAUGUAAUUAUACUUUGGAACAGGAAGACUGAACCACCAGAAGAAAUUUAUAAGAGAAUGUAUUGGACCGAAACAUAUGUACAGUGGUCUCCUUUGGGAACUUAUCUUGCAACUUUUCAUAGACAGGGUAUUGCAUUAUGGGGAGGGCCUAGCUGGAAUAAAAUUAUUCGAUUUGUUCAUCCUGGAGUUAAGUUAAUAGAUUUUUCGCCUAAUGAAAGAUACCUCGUUACAUGGAGCAAUGAGCCAAUUACACUUGGAUCCAUCGGGACUCCUUUUGGACCAGAUGAUGAGGGUAACCAAAUCAUUAUAUGGGAUGUUCAUUCCGGUAUACUCUUAAGAUCGUUUCCUUCUUCGUCGAAUACUGAGGGAACUCCCAACAAAAUUAAGUGGCCUAUAUUUAAAUGGUCACCAUCUGACAAGUAUUUUGCACGUGUUACUUUGGGACAACAAAUUUCUGUUUAUGAAACGCCCGGUAUGGGAUUAGUUGGCAAAAAAAGUAUUAAGAUCGAUGGAGUUGUCGAUUUUGAAUGGGCGCCCGCAUCUGAUAGCGAGAAAGUUGGAGACAAAAAAUCAGGGGAGGAAUUACUUAGUUACUGGACGCCGGAAAUUGGUAAUCAACCCGCUCGCGUGACUUUAUUGAAUAUUCCAUCGAAAGAAAUUGUGCGAACAAGAAACUUGGUCAAUGUUUCAGACUGUAAGAUGCAUUGGCAGUCUAAUAGCGACUUUUUAUGCGUUAAAGUGGAUCGUCACACUAAAACAAAAAAGUCUACCUUCGCCAAUCUUGAAAUUUUUAGAGUUCGAGAAAAGGAUAUUCCGGUAGAAGUUAUUGAGGUUAAAGAUACGGUAAUUGCAUUUGCAUGGGAACCCAAGGGUGAAAGAUUCGCCAUUAUAACGACAAAUGAUCCCAGUUACAACCAACCUACACAAGCGGGAUUUAGGACUAAUGUAUCAUUUUAUUACCUCGAGAAACCAAAGCCCACUAAAGGUGGUGAAACAGUUGGAACUGCUAAUUUCAAACUUAUAAAAACACUCGAGAAAAAAACAUCAAAUGCUAUAUAUUGGUCUCCUCAGGGUCGUCAUGUAAUUCUGGCAACUCUUCGUUCAACAACCUCAUUCGAUUUAGAAUUUUGGGAUUUGGAUUUUGAAGGAACUACUGAUCCAAAAGAUUCUGUUAAGACAGACCCAGCUGCGUCCCUGCAACUUAUGAGCACGCAAGAACAUUAUGGUAUUACCGACAUUGAGUGGGAUCCUACUGGUCGCUACGUAAUUACGAGUUCUAGUUUUUGGAGACAUUCUAUGGAAAAUGGGUACACUAUAUGGGACUUUAAGGGUACGCAAUUGCAGAAACAUUUAAUGGAUAAAUUUAAACAAUUGCUAUGGAGACCUCGUCCAAAAAGUCUAUUGACCAUUGAGCAAAAGAAGAAAAUCAGGAAAAACCUUAGAGAAUAUUCUAAACAAUUCGAUGAAGAGGAUGCUCUUGCACAAACUUCUGUAUCCAAAGAAUUGCUGGCGCAUCGUCGCCGCCUUGUUGAUGAAUGGAAUGCAUGGCGCAAGCGGGUUGAAAAAGAAUUAGCUGAGGAAAGAGAAAAGGCUGGCCUCGAGCCAAUUUCAAAACGAGAUAAUGAAAAUGUCGAGAUUAUUGAAGAAUGGAUUGAAGAAGUUGUGGAAGAGACUGAGGAGAUUGUUGAAGAAUAG